AUGAGGAUGCGAAAAACCAUCACCGAAGGUGUCAUUCUGGAGAUCCCCGAGAAUCAGGAGAGGGAGAAGGCCGCAGCGCUCGCAGCACGCCUAACGCGGUCUUUGGAUCCGAACAAGGUCCGCGUGGCGACACCCUUUCGAGCCGCGGAAGCAAGGGUGUCUAUGAUAGACAUAUCGGCCACGAAGGAGGAAAUCCAGAAUAGCCUGGCGAAGGAGAACGGUUGCAAACCGGAGGACGUCCGACUGGGAGAAAUCCGCCCCGCCCGAAACGGCCUUGGAUCUGUGUGGAUACGAGGCCCGGCCGGUGCAGUGAGGAAACUGGCCCAGGCGGGCAAGGUCGCCAUAGGUAGGUCGACAGCGAAGGUCGAAGCCAUCGAGCGAAGACCUUUACAGUGUUACAGGUGCCUGGAGAUUGGACACGUAAGAAAGUCCUGCACCGCCAAGGAGGACAAGGGGCACCUAUGCUUCAGAUGCGGCAAACCAGGGCACCAAGCGAAAGCAUGCACCGCCGCGAGCCCGAAAUGCCUGCUCUGCGAUGCGCUUGGAGCACCAUCUGUGCACAGGAUGGGUGGACCGAUCUGCUCGCCCCCCCCCCCCAAGAAAGGAACAAAAAAGGAGCCACCAGUGAAUUCACAGCUGCAAGCGGCAACGAGAAAAGCUACCCGUCGCAAGGCGACCCUAAGUCUGUGA